AUGGAUUCUACUAAUUAUAAUAAUAAUAAUUCCAAUAUCAAUUCCCAACCCAUUAAGAAAAGACCCUCUACAAGCAUGAAUUCAUUAGCCGCUACACCCCUAAAUCAACAAAGAGUACCAUUAAAGGAAACCAGCGGUAAUAUUCCUUCACCGGUACUUAAAAAGGCUAAGCUUAACAAGUCGCUUAGUGUUUCUGGGAAUAGCAUACUCCAAAAUAAACCAAAUCUAACCCGGCCUGUAACCACCCAACUCACGCAUACAAUCACGCAUAAUCAAGCACAGAAAGAUGAAUCUCAAAGUCAAAGCAAGGCCAAUAGGUUAGAGGGAGAGGCGUUUCAGCAAUGGCAGAGAUCAUGGAGGAAAAUCAUGAGAGAAAGUGUUGUUUACUUUGACACACAAGGAUAUGAUACAAACAAUACCAGUCAUCAAACCGAGUUGAAAAAAGCUCAGAGAGCGUUAAAACACGUAGGAUGUACAUUAGUACCCUUUUAUGAUAGAGAAGUUACCAUUAUUGUUAGCAGGAGACCAUUUGAUGCUAACAAAGAAUACUCGACGAGUGACAUAUUUCACGAUGCAUGUAGUCUUAAGAUCAAAGUUUGGGAUUAUGAGAAGGUUUUCCGGUUUUUGAAGAAUUUAGGAGUCAACGAGUCGAGUUACAAAUAUGAUGAUAACACCAAAUUUAAUAAAAAUGGUGAUUUAUAUAACUUGUUAAAAGAAGAAAAAAUAUUUGGUGCCAAUGAUCGGGAUCCAAAUGCUAGAAGAGAUGAUUUGCAUUAUUUAGAAAGGAAUUAUUUGUACGCCUACGAUUUGGCACAAAAUUUCAGACCAAUUGCCGUGAGAGAAUGGAAUGAUACCCCAUAUCCAAAGAUAUCUAAUACACUUGAUGGUAAAUGUCCAUUCAUACCUGACUCUUCGGAGAACCUGGAAAGGAGACAACUUCGUAGAUUACAAAAAUUCGAAGCUUCAAAAAAUUAUAGAGAAUUGCUUAAGAAGGCGACUGUUGAAGUUAUAAAUAACGUGAAAGAUGGUAUACACUUUGAUUCCUCUGAAUGCAGUGGUGAAGAUAUCGCAACAGAUUGUGACAAUAAUGAAGUCUGUAACGGAAACGAACGCGAGGAUGAAUCAACAAUAGUUCAGUCGUCAACUAGUUCAUCCAAAAGAGCAUCAUCCGAAGAGGAGUUGAGUAAACCUUUGAAAUCAACUAAACUUGAUUUCAAGGCUCCUCCUGUCCGUCUUGCAAGGGAAUCGUCAUGCGUCCAACCAUUGAAUAAUUCAAAUUCAAAAUUCUUUGAGGUUGCGGCGUCCGGUUAUAAUGGGGCCUCAAACUCUGCACAAAUGUCUAUGGAUUCAGCUUUGAAUAGUGCUACCGUCCAAGGUAACGGGUUAGGUCCUACUGUCUCUCAAGUACCAUCGAGAAAUAUUAAUAAUCUAAAGAGGCGUAUUUUCAUGAAAAAGCAAAGACAGCAUAGCAUACCUGAAGAUAAGGAAAGAGAUUUAAAACCUGGUUAUUGUGAAAACUGUCGUGUUAAGUAUAACUAUUUUGAAGACCACAUCAGUUCAAAUAGGCAUCGUAAUUUUGCAUGCGAUGAUCGUCAUUUUAAAGAUAUUGAUAGAUUAAUUGCAACCUUGAUUGAAAGUAAAUCAUUUGGUUAUGUUACUUCGAACGGUGAUUAUAAAUAUGCCAAUUAG